GGGGCGCCCGCAGCCAGCCGCGCAGCAUGCACUGGGGGGUUGGCUUUGCCUCGUCCAGGCCGUGCGUGGUGGAUCUGAGCUGGAACCAGAGCGUCUCCUUCUUCGGCUGGUGGGCCGGGUCCGAGGAGCCCUUCUCCUUUUAUGGGGACAUCAUCGCUUUCCCUUUGCAGGAUUACGGUGGGAUCAUGGCAGGGCUGGGCUCCGAUCCCUGGUGGAAGAAAACACUUUACUUGACCGGGGGAGCUUUGCUGGCCGCAGCUGCGUAUCUGCUCCACGAACUCCUGGUCAUUAGGAAACAGCAAGAGAUUGACUCCAAAGAUGCUAUUAUUUUGCAUCAGUUUGCAAGACCUAACAAUGGUGUCCCCAGUUUGUCUCCUUUCUGUUUGAAAAUGGAAACUUACUUAAGGAUGGCUGACUUACCCUAUCAGAAUUAUUUUGGUGGAAAACUCUCUGCUCAAGGGAAAAUGCCUUGGAUUGAAUAUAAUCAUGAGAAAGUUUCUGGCACAGAAUUCAUAAUUGACUUUCUGGAAGAGAAACUUGGAGUGAAUUUAAACAAAAACCUUGGCCCUCAUGAAAGAGCCAUCUCCAGAGCAGUGACCAAGAUGGUGGAGGAGCACUUCUACUGGACGUUAGCUUAUUGCCAGUGGUGGGACAAUCUCAAUGAGACGAAGAUGCUCUCUCUUAGUGGUGGCGGUCCCUUCAGUAACCUGCUGAGGUGGGUCGUGUGCCACAUAACGAAAGGAAUUGUGAAGCGCGAGAUGCACGGCCACGGCAUGUGCCGCUUCUCGGAGGAGGAGAUUUACAUGCUGAUGGAGAAGGACAUGCGGUCCUUGGCAGGGCUCUUGGGUGAUAAGAAGUACAUCAUGGGGCCCAAGCUUUCUACUCUCGAUGCCACUGUCUUUGGACACUUGGCACAGGCAAUGUGGACCUUACCUGGGAAAGACCUGGAGCGGCUGAUCAAAGGUGAGCUCAUCAACCUUGCCAUGUACUGUGAGAGGAUAAGGAGGAAAUUCUGGCCUGAGUGGCACCAUGAUGAUGACAACACCAUCUAUGAGUCCGAGGAGAGCAGCGAAGGGAGCAAAACCCACACGCCCCUGCUGGAUUUCAGCUUUUACUCAAGGACAGAGACCUUUGAAGAUGAGGGAGCAGAGAACAGUUUUUCCAGAACCCCAGACACGGAUUUCACCGGACACUCGCUCUUUGAUUCUGACGUGGACAUGGAGGACUACACAGACCACGAACAGUGCAAGUGACGUUCAGCCUUGCUGACCCUCUUCUGCCGGAGCGGCCACUCCCUGGGGUUGGUCCGAUUUCCCAGGUGGAAAUCCAUCUGAGCUGGGAGGAGAUCUUCGUGCUCGACACAGUUCUCACGAGCUAACUGGACGAUAGCAGCCUUAUUUCUUUUUGUACAAACGAGACACAGAACCAUUCAGAUGGCUCCAUUUAAAACAAACAGGCAAAAAGGAAAAAAAGAAAAAAAAGUCAGCAUGGUUCCUGAAAUCCAUUUUUGUUUUCAUUAGAAAACUAACACUGUGUGGCAGAGCAGGGGCAAGAGCAGAUUGUCUGCGGAUUGUGUCUAUGUAGAUCGUCUUCAUCCCGAGGGCUUAUUUGUGAGACGGAUUCUCGAACGUCUCUCACCCACCGGGGUUCCAAGUAAUGAGAGAAAUCAUCGGGGGAAAUGUCCAGGAGACAAAUAUCCUAUGGUGGCUGCUUGUAUUUUAUGUGUGUAUAUUGUAUGUUGAGAUAAUUCAAAUAAAAAUCCAUAGAUAUUCAGUGAACACCUACUAUGUGCAAAGCACUGUGCUAGGUGCUAAUCAGUAUAAGAUUUAUUCUCAGUCCUGCCAGUGACUAGCUGUGUGAUUUCGGGCGAGUCCCUUAAUUCUUGUGUGCCUCAUUUCCCCCACCUGUAAGGUGGGGAUAACGAUACUCUCCACCUACCUACCUCACAGGGGUGUUGUGAGGAUUCAUGUGGUAGCACCUCUUGGAAGAGGUGUGACAUAAACACAACAUUUUAUUCUUUA